AUGCUCGCUCUCUGGACCCGGGCUGCGCAAAUACGAGGCUCCUGUCGAUGCCCUCAAUGCCUCUCGGCCGCCCAGGGAGUUGCCAGGAGCACGGCCACCUCCGCGGCGAGACGACCUCAAUUCUGGACCUCCUCGACGAUCUGGUACUCGGGCAUAUUUGCAGCAGCAGCAAGUUGGGAUGCAUUGUAUAAGGUCCAGAGGCGGGAGAAGUGGGAUCAGGCGAUUGCGGACAUCAAGCAAGAGCUGGGCGAGUAUGAUGGCUUGGAGGAUGUGUUGAGUCGGCAGGCAAUUGAGGAGGUCAAAGAGCGGAAGGGAAAAGCGAAAUAUGGCUAUACUUUGCAUAAGUUGGACGUCGAUGCUGAGCAGGGCAGUGCGCAUGAAAAGGAGAAGGAUGGGAUCAUGGGCAGCACUGGAGACCAGGCACAGUCGCAAGAGCUCGCAGCUGGCGCUGGUAACACAUACGAAGGCCCGGAAGACGAUGACCAUGCCUCGAUGCCUGCACAACAGCUGGAAGAAACGCCGGCUUUCGUACAGGACGAAGGAUUGCAAGACCUGAACCACGUUCGGGCAAGCAACGUGAGCAUCUUUGAAGGUGACGAGGCAUUGCAGGCACUCGCGGCCAACCUUGACAGCAGUAGCAAGAGGAAAACGAGACCGAAAUGGCCUGAAAAUACAGGCUCAGAUCCAGAUCCGACGUGGCUGCCUCCGCAAUCGAUCUACGCGCCGAACUACUUCAAGAGAAAGUUUGAAGUUCGAGGUUGGGGCCCGUACAAAGUCGAACGCUGCAUGAUAUCCACCGAUAUCUUCAUGCUACAAACCUGGAACGAGCUGCGAAAGAGAGGCCUGAGCCAGGAGGCUGCGAGCGCCGUACCAAGUGCAUACACCAAGUACCUGACCAUGUCUGAGCGAGAAUUGCACAGGAACAUCACACAGAAAAUGCUAGAUCUCGACCGUCUUGAGCGUAUGGGAUCAGAACGUUAUCUUCAAGGCUGGUUCAGGCGUGACGAAGGCGAUAUCUCGCUGUGCAGAUACAUUGUGGACGCCGAUGGUGAAUUCCACGAUACAACGCGGAGUUUGAACCAAACAUUACGAGACCUUGUACAACAGACAGAGGCCGGAUCAUACACUGUGCCAGCUCUCAUGGCCAAGAUCUGCUACCAGCUAUCGUUGUCCACCGCGCCUCCAAACAUCGACACGUACAACAGCCUAUUAGUUGGACUUUUCGACUUGCGGCAGGUGAAGCACACAGAACACGUCAUUCACGCGAUGUUACGAACAAUGGCUCGACCAAAUGAAGUCACUCUCGCCACUGUGCUCAACUUCCACAGUGCCACUGGCGAUGCGGGCAAUUUCAGGUGGUGGAUCCAGCGAAUGCGCGGUGAUUUUGGCGGACUUAUGAACGCUUCACCACACACAACCAUCUAUCAGGAGAACAGUAGUCGUCUUAUUCAUUGCGAAAAUGGAAAGAACCAUGGCAUGGGCACGAUCAUUCAGUUGCCAUACCCUACGCCGAUGGUGUUCGGUGCUCUGGUGAACGGUGUCUUGAACUUCAGCGGAUUCGAAGCUGCACUUCAAAUCUGCAAGAACAUGGCACAAGAAGGCUGGAGCCUGUGUAUCAGUGGUUUGGGAACGAUUCUGCGAGAUUGCACCCAACGUCGGGACUGGAACUCUGGCCUCACAAUCUGGAAGCAGAUUCAGACUCUGAAGUGGAAGAGCACGCGCUACUCUGGUAGCAAGUGGAAUUCCGAGACGAUUGGAAUUCAGACCUUCGUUGCCAUGCUUCAACUAUGUGCCCGAUGCGGUCGGCGGGAUGCGUUUGAAAAUGUAAUGGACCAGGCCAUCAAAGCACAUCCCGAAGCCUUGACCGAGAUACUCAAUUAUGUGCGAACCGACCAGCCAGUCGCACCCCCUUUGCGCAUGGAAGAUUUCGGGGACGAUGUCGGCGAAUUCACGAGCCUCGACACAAUCUUUCCCUCACGUAAAGCUCCACUGGACUAUGCAAUGUUGGCGGUGCAACUGAUGUCAGAAGACUUCCCACCCUGUGUCGCAGAUGAAGGUGAAGACGCUGUGCAGACGUCAAUGUUAGCGUUCCCGGGAUUCUGGAAAGCAUUGGACGAGUGCUGGCGGAAUGGCCAAAAUCCUGCGAUACCUGUCGAUCAUGGCGAGACAGGAACAUGA